AUGGACACUCCGACCUCAUGUGAUCCACGGGUGUUACUAGAUUGCAAGACACUGUACGAUUCGUCGAAGGUGGCCUUAUUGGAUAGCGUGGUGGAUGCUAUGUUUGGUAAUUGCAAUACGACUAGUCGUGAUGCGGCACACAAAAUACUCGGAGAGCUGAAAUCUCUUCCUGAUGCUUGGAGAAAUGUAGCAGUAAUACUAUCUACCUCACGUAACACAAAUACCAAGUUUUUAGCGUUACAGAUUUUGGAAUCCUGUAUCGGCACGCGCUGGAACAUACUACCAGAACAAGAAAGGGCAGGCAUUAAGCAAUAUGUUAGUGAAUUAGUAAUCAACAUGGCUAUGGAAGAGAAGACGUGGGUCGAAGAGAAGCAUUUGCUUACCAAAGCGAAUGAAAAUUUGAUUCAAAUUGCUAAACGCGAAUGGCCAGAAAAGUGGCCAACUUUUAUAUCAGAAAUUUGCAAAUCGUCCCAUGCAUCCCAAAUUAUUUGUGAAAACAAUAUGCAUAUUUUGAAUAUGCUCAGUGAAGAAGUUUUUGAUUUUGGCCAAGAACAAAUCACUAGUACUAGGGUAGCUACCUUAAUGAAUCGCAUGGCAUCUGAAUUUUGUACUGUUUUCGAUUUGUGUCUAUUUGUGCUAGUUGGGGCAUCUAAAAAUCCGGAAGUACUUAAACAAUCGUUAAUUAAGCAGACUCUAACGUGCCUGGCUCAUUUCAUCAAAUGGAUUCCACUUGGUUAUAUAUUUGAACCAUACAAUCAUCAAGGAAUACCAGUGUCAAUACUUGAUUUGUUGCUUAACAAUUUUUGGGAGCCACUAUUCUUCAGAAUUGAAUGUACAAAGUGUUUUUCAGAAGUGGCCAAUCUAGAUCUACAUCAAAACGAAGUCCAGAUGUUUAGCAACAGACUAAUAUCUUUCUGGACCCAAUUAGUAAACAAAUUUGCAUUGUUACCUCCAAAUUCAACCAACUACGACAACACAUCAUAUGUGUCUCCACAGAUGCGAAUGUUUUGGGAAACCUUUUACCUCCAAUUUGCAUUACUCACGACAAAUUUCUUAAAGCGUUAUCACCAAGAUAUCGUUACGGCCACUAGGGAUAAGCAAUCCAUCUUGCUAGUGUUAGAACGACUAAUUCGAGUGACGGAGGCUAAUCAUGAGGAGACUUUUAAGAUAACACUAGAUUAUUGGCAUCACCUCACUAAGAUGUUUUUAAUGCCGGAACAAAGAAAAUCUUUAGGUAUUGCCGGUGAAAAUGACCCUACUGCGGAGUCGUUUUCUGAUUAUCGUCUACUACUAGUAGCAGUACAGAAAGUUUUUAUAAACAAAAUGGCCAAGCCACAAGAGAUUUAUAUAAUGUAUGACUCGGAGUCUGGCGAGGUGACGAGGGAAUACGACCAAAAUACCGCAGAAAUUACCUUGUACAAUCGCAUGAAACAGACACUCAUUGGAUUAACAACCUUACUUCAAGAUGACACUGAAAGAUUGAUGUUGGAAGUGUUGGAUCGUGAAAUGGCAAUGGCACAGGGGGUUUCUCAUUCAAAAAACAAUGAAGAUUGGGAUUCAACAGCACUAAACCGCCUUUGUUACAGCGUUGGGGCGAUAAGUGGCGCUAUGGAUGAGGGCGUAGAGAAGAGAUUUUUGGUCCAGGUUAUUAAGAGCCUGCUGAACAUAUGCGAGGUGAAGACAUCAACAUCACACAAGGCAAUAGUAGCCUCUAACAUCAUGUACGUCGUAGGUCAGUAUCCCCGAUUCUUGAAGGCAAAUUGGCGCUUCUUACAUACUGUACUGAAUAAAUUAUUUGAGUUUGUUAGAGAAACGUUCCCAGGAGUGCAACAAAUGGCAUGUGAGACAUUUUUAAAGCUUUCACUUACUUGUGGCAAGGUAAUCGUAUCUUCGUGUGGCAAUACUGAGCCAUAUCUCACAGUAUUGCUAAAUAACCGUGACAUGGUUGCAUCGUAUUUGGAUGAUAAGUUACUGUUGAUUUAUUAUGAAGCAGUGGGCAAUGUAAUUUCGGCAGCUUCACCGGAUAUCCAGCCCGGCCUGAUUCAGAAACUGCUGGAAUCAUGUAACGUGCAGUGGCAACAGGUGUUAAGGGCAAUACAAAGCGACAAUUGCGAUGCACUAAGUUGUACACGGGCAGCAUUCUUCUUCCUUAGAGCAAAUACCCGGAUUGCCAAAACCACAGGCUCCGCUUUUACCUGCCAACUCGGAUCUAUCUUCCCUGCAAUGAUGAAUCUUUAUUCAUGCUUAUCACUACAAAUUUCAAAGCAAGUGGCGGAACAAGGCCUUUCCUGCAUCAAAAACACACUUAUUGUGGCCAAGAAUCAAACUAAACGUGCUGUUUUACACCUAAUUGAGACGUUUGUAUCCAAUGUUUCUCCCCCUAAAGACCCAUCGACAGUACAGGUGAUAAAUACAAUAUUCGAUUCCUGCAUCACUUAUGUAUUCGUUGACUACCAAAAAUCCCAUCCAGAUCUGAGAGAUCCAGAUGUUUUAACUCUUGCUGAGUGUUUUGUUACUAACGUUGAUUGCAAUUUGUGUCAAAUCUUUGACACUAUGUUUGAGUGUACCUUAAAUAUGGUCAAACAAGAUUUUCAUAGUUAUCCAGAUCACCGCGAAAAUUUUUACAAUCUCCUAGGAAAAAGUGUCCAGCACCGAUUUUCUGGGAUCACUUGCCUCCUCCCCAGUGCCCAAUCAACACUUUUGAAAAGUUUGAUUUGGGCCUUCCGCCACGAACAUCCUACAUUAUCUGAUAAGGGCUUGAAGAUAACAUACAACUUUUUGAGGGGCAUGGGUUUAGGUUUGGACCAACCUCCCACAGAGUACAUGCUAGAAUUUUGCAGGGAACACUACUAUAUGUUACUAGAUGAGGUCCUAAGUGUGCUAACGGAUACUUUGCAUAGGUCUGGUUUUAAGACUCAGACUGAAAUAUUGCGGUUACUAAUUGGCGCAAUCGAAUCUGGGAAAUUACAUCUUCCCCAAGCUGGGUUGGAGAAGAUCCAAGUUAUGAGACAUUUAGUUGAAAUUAUAACAAGAGCCUUCGCCACAAUAAACGUUACUCAAGCGGAGGCAUUCAUUUUGGACAUAUUUAACUACAGCAUUAUCACCGAUAAAACGCACAGUGACGCGCUGGAAGUUGUGACGUCUAAGUUUCAAAUUACAAUCCAGGAUCUACUCCUUUCUAUUAAGGAGUACAGUGAGCAGUCUAACGAGACACAUGCAUUACACCGAGAUCAGGCAGUAGCAAGAUCUAGACAUAUGUAA